UGAGUGAUAUAACAAUGUCAGAUAAGUGUUUUAUAUAAUUCAGUCAGGUGUAUUUACACAUAUAAUACCAUGCAUUAAGUAAAUCUGAUGAUUGCUAGGAGAUGUAUGCACUCAGCAUGUCGGAUAGAGCAUCCUUUAAACAUUUCAAUAGAAACAGUGUAUUAAACGACUUGUUGCAUGACAGAUUUACGACAUUCAUAACGUAAGAUGAGAUAGUUUCCUUGUGCAUAACUUAUUGUUAAAGAAGAUUUGAACAAACUGUUAAUAAAGAAGAUCGGUUCAAAAUUUGUUAUCUUCUAUUUAAUGUUCUACACGUAGACUUUAACUGUUAAUAGAAUAUUAAUAAAUAUCUCAACUUAUUGGAAGAUUAUUCAUGGUUGUCAACUUUCUCAGAACCAUUACAUAGAAUGAAUUGAAAUGUGAAUAUUUUUUAAUUAUUAAGAUGCCUUCUACAAGUAAGCACCAUACCGAUAUUGAUUCUCGAGGGAACAUUAAAAUUGAUCACAGCACGACAUACCAAGAGAAUUCGUUCUUAUCAGACAGUCUAGAAAUUAAAAUAGCCAGUUUACACAAAGCAAAAUUCAGAGCAAGUAUAGAUACUGACGAUGCUUUAAAAGAGGCGCGAAAGGAAGCCGAAGAAAUUUCGCGUUUAAGUUCUGCUAUUAAACGUGGUGAGAUUAAAGAUAGUGUUUCUCUGUAUGAUAGACGAUCUCAUACUCCAAAAUCACGUGAUGGAACACCGCACACAACGGAAGUACUAACUUAUGGAAUUCAAAGUUCUAGUUUAGGGAGCAGACCUCAGACUCAUGUUGAGAGCAAUAUGCGUCGUGACUCUGAUAAGCCGCCUGUAAGUACGCUAACUAUGUUUGCUAUUUCUAUGCAGAAAUUAACUUCCUCGAAAUCAUCAACUAAAAAUGAUAAUAAAGUUAUACAUAAAAACAUUCAAGGCUACCGAAGCUUUAUGACACUUCGCUGUCUUUCGUCGCCAGCAUAUCUGAGAAAAGAGCGAAGUAAACGACAGCGUCGCCCGGCAAUAGUCAGAUUUCAAGAUCUUAAAGAUGGUGAAGUGAUGGAGGCUCAGGAUAUACCAGUCAUGAAACCAGAAGUUGCGUAUGCAAGGCAACUGCGCAAGCGUCAAAUUCGUUCACGGAGAGAACUACAAGAACUAAGUAAAAUAGAACAAGAAGAAAAAUAUGGAAAACCGGAUAAAACGGAUGAAUUUAAACAGAAAAGAUAUGCUUGGGCAAAAGGAAAUGAUGAACUUAACACUAGAAUACGUUCAUUUCUGGUGGAUGUGGAAACUUUCAAUAAGCGACAGAAGAAACCAGAUUAUCUAAUGACUGACAUUGUCCGAUCAAAAACAUGUAUGGUGUAGAUUGAAAUACAGGACAUCGAGCGGGAUAUGACUGAAAAAUGGACGGAAACGAAAAUGUGAUUUAAGUCUUCAGGAUAUGCAAUUAAUAAGACUGACUUGUCAAUGUAGAUCAGUAUUUGUUGUAAAUUUUCCGUAAAAAUUCAAAUACAAAUAAGCAAAACACUAUAAAAUAAAAAGUAAUAACUAAAUAGAACCAUUUAUAAGAAAUAUUAACUGUAACAUGUUCUAUUAAAGCUACCAAAUUCUUGUGUGUUAACUGUAUUGUAAAAUUGCUGUAAAGGUGAUGACUUUAGGGAAAAUAAGUCUUCUAGACAAUACAUUUUUAUAGUAUA